CGCUUCAUCAUCAAUUUACCGAUUUUUUUUUUUCAAUUUUUGUCUGCCAGCCGUAAACAUAUCUACCCGAGCAUAACGCAUCGUGAUUCGUGAGCGGCUGAUACUGUCUGCCUAUUUAGGUAGGUAUCACUGAUGCGGCGGUGUGGACCCUGUCGAAGCUUGCUCCACGUCUACAUACUAGAACUCUGUUGUUUCCGUAAUAUCAACUCGCCGAGAGAUCCGCAGUACCGUACCUGGCGCAAUUGGUUGAUUAAUCUCCAGCGCUAUUGGGCACAAGACGUAUAUAAAUGUGUUGCAACGCGCCCAACUCAUAUACGUAAGGACCCUCGGCACGCAACGUUGUUCUCGUGAACACGCACACCAAUCUGCAAGUCAUGUCUACUCAAGGAGACCUCGAACGAGCAGACCCCGGGCCCAAUUUUGAUGGUCAACGUGAUGAACAAGUCGGAAAGACUCAAAAGGAUGCAAAAAAAAUUACGAAAGAAGAAUCGGCGCUUGUGGCAGCAUGGAUGCAUCGAAUCCAGACGCUCACUCUUAUAACAACAUUUCUUACUUCCAUCGACGGAGAGCUCUUCACCCUUACCUCCACAUCGUCGCAGGUGACACUCAAUGCAAGUGAGGAAUCUGUGGAACUCGUAUACGCAUGUUUUACUGGUGCCCUCGUUUUCCAUGGCUGUUCUUGUGAGUACCGAGAUGGUUGGGGAAGCGUGAGGCACUUACAGCUUGCGUUAGCAAUUCUGGGAUAUGUGGCAUCUUUUGCUCUCAUUCGAUACCAGAUCGUUGAUGCAGAAACUCAUCUGGAAACCGAUGAGCUGGAAAAACGUUCUAAAACUGGUUUACAUCACCACGAAAGCAUUCACGGAAAACAACUCUUGCUUAGAGGCAUCCCUCCUUUGUAUGCUGUGCAGUCCCUUCUUCAGAUGCCCUCGAGGCUCCGGAUUCAAUCCAGGACGUCCUGUCCCCCGCUGGAUCUCCUGACUCGGUGCUAUUAUACGAUUUUGGGGCUAAGUGGUGCCGGCUUUAUCUUGGCACUUCUUGGUAUCGCCACUUACGCAUGGGUUGGACUGCAGCGGGUUGUUGGGAUAUUCACAAUGGCUUGUCUAGGCGUUAGUUUGUUGUUAUGUGUGUGUGUGGUGGUGUACUGAACCUGCUUUGACUACGUAUGGACCAUGCCCUUGACGACUUGCAUGAUUUCGAUUACAUUCCACAGAGUCUCACCCAUGUUGUUAACAACAGCACGACUUAUUCACAACUUAU